GGAAGCGGAAGAGGUAUCGAGCAAAAGUUCUCAAGCUCUGAAGUAAAUUAUAUAAUUGGCGUACGGAGAUUCUCAAGAUAACUGCAGCUCGUGAGCUUGAGGGCCUGCUUCGGUUCGUCUUCUUCAACCUCCGCUCUAGCUGGGUUUCUUCUGCUUCUGGGGUUCAGGUCUUGGAGGUGAAGCGUGCUGAGUUGGCUCGAAGAAGCACCAGUGAGUCUCUUUUACCUGGUUUCAGUUGCUUGGGGGCUUGGCAGCCAGAUGCUGCUUGGAAUAUGGAGAAGAGGCAUUGUACUACUUGCUUUCCUAUUCUCACAUUCUCUAGGUUCAUUUGUUGGAAUCAAUAUCGGCACUGAUAUAUCCGAUUUGCCAUCCCCAUCAACCAUCGUCUCCAUCCUCCAAGCUCAAAAUAUCAACCAUGUUCGUCUCUUCGACGCUGACCACCAACUACUAACCGCCCUCUCAAACACCGGAAUUGAGGUCAUGGUCGGCGUCCCCAACCACCAGCUGCCACAAAUAGGCGAAUCAAGAUCAGCCGCCGCAGAUUGGAUAAACAAAAACAUUGCACCCUAUCUUCCCGGAACUAACAUCACUUACAUAUCUGUAGGAAACGAAGCUCUCACCUCAGUUCCCAGCUCUGCUCCGCUUCUCGUUCUCGCCAUGCAGUUCAUCCAUUCCGCUCUUCUCGCCGCCAAUCUCGACUCUCAGAUCCACGUCUCGAGCCCCCAUUCCAUAAACGUGAUUCCCCAAUCCUUCCCCCCUUCCACUGCCACAUUCAAUUCCACCCUAAACUCCAUAAUGUAUCAGCAUCUCCAGUUCUUGAAGAACACGGGCUCCUCCUUCAUGUUAAACGCUCAGCCAUACUACCUCUACUCGAAAGCGAACGGCAUCUACCCCAUCGAUUACGCGCUUUUUCGUGCCCUAGAUCCCGACAAUCAGAUUUUGGAUCCCAACACGCUUUUGAGCUACACGAACAUGUUCGACACCAUGGUUGAUGCCGCUUACUAUUCCAUGCAAGCGCUCAAUUUCACCGGCAUUCCGGUUAUCGUGACGGAGUCCGGUUGGCCGUCGAGCGGCGGCGACAACGAAUCCGACGCCAAUGUUGACAACGCAUUGGCAUACAAUACGAAUCUUAUACAUCACGUGCUGAACAAUUCCGGCACGCCGAGCCGCCGGAAAACGCCGAUUAAUGCUUAUAUCUAUGAAUUGUUCAAUGAAGAUCUUAGGGCUGGGCCUCCUUCGGAGAAGAACUGGGGUGUAUUUUUUUCGAAUGAAACGGCUGUGUAUUCUCUGAGCUUUGCGGGUGGGAGUGAUAAUGGCACGAGCUCGCCGGGGUUGCCGGGUGUUUUCUGUGUGGCGAAGUCGAGCGCGAGCACGAAGGAUUUGGAGCGAGGGCUUGAUUGGGCUUGCGGAUCUGGUGGGGCGAACUGUAGUUUAAUCCAGCCGGGGCAGCCGUGUUAUGAAUCCGGCAACCUUUUCGCUGUUGCUUCCUAUGCUUAUAAUGAUUAUUACCAUAGAACUCAGGGAAGUGGCGGAACUUGCAAUUUUGGCGGCACCGCCAUGAUUACAGCAAAUGAUCCCAGCCACGGCUCUUGCAUAUUUGCAGGAAGCGCUACGACGAACUCGACAGCGAGCAAUGGCGCGGCAUCGGACUCCGGCUCUAUCGCCGGUUUUGAAAGACGGCAUGCAUUUUCAACAGGCUAUCUCGCUCUGGUGAUGCUGCUCAUUUUCUUCUGCUGCUAGUCUCUUACUGAUACAGCUGCGUCAAUUUUUUGUAAGAAACUACAAAAGCCUCUCUUUUGAAAUGUUCAUAAUUUCUGGCUGUUUGGUUCCAUUUAGUGUUAGGUUAGGGAGGUUGUUUAUGAGGGGUGUGAUUGAAAUUUUAGCAAUUUUGCAGCUGUACAUCAUUUCUGUUUUGUUAAGUUUGUAGGGUAAGCAUAUACUAUUUAUCAA